AUGUUACUCAUUGUUCCUCUUUUGCUAAUAUUUGAAUUCGAAUUUGGAAGAGUGGUACACAGCGAUGAAAAUUUUCAUUUGGAUAAAUUCCUGUGGUAUUUUCAAUCUGCAAAUGGCUCUAUCCGAGGAUUAGCUCGAGUGCCAGGAGAUAUCUACCAAGAUUUACUCUUUGCAGAUUAUAUUUCUGAUCCGCUGUUAGGAGAGAACGAUAGUUUGUUACGAUGGAUUCCACGGACAAAUUGGAUUUAUUACACCACAUUUACUAUUCCUAAAAGUUGGAGCACGGUGAAAGCAAUGUUAUUGAAUGCUGGUGGAUUGGAUACCGUGGCCGAUGUAUUUUUCAAUGAUGACUUAGUUCUCAAAACAUACAAUCAGUUCGUUUCCCAUUUGAUACCUUUAAAACAAUGGAGAAUUGGAAAAAACUAUCUGCGGAUCGAGUUUAAGUCGCCUAUUAUGUACGCGAAACAAAAAUCUCAAGAGUAUCAGGAACAAUUUGGCCAUACUGUCCCUCCUGUAUGUCCAGUAUCUGAAUUCCAGGGUGAAUGUCAUAUUAAUUUCAUAAGGAAGACACAAGCAAGCUUCAGUUGGGAUUGGGGACCUUCAUUUCCAACAGUUGGCAUUUGGCAGCCAAUAUCUGUCGAAGGAGUACAUACGAUAUUUGUGGACAAGAUAUCAGCAGUAGUCUCAUUUAAAAAGCAAUACUUCAUUGUUUCGGUGAGGAUUACAGUAUGGAGUGCAGUAAAAGUCAAAAAUGCAAAAGUGACAUUAGCAUUGCCUGAAAUUUCCAUCACAAAUCGGUUUACUAUUUCAAUUAAUCCAUUAAACCGAAAUUUCGUAGAACGAAGAGUGUCAGUGCCUAAUAAUGUCGUUGAGAGAUGGUGGCCAAAUGGUAGCGGCAAGCAGAAAUUAUACAAAUUAGUUGUCUCAGUGUCUUGUGAGGGACAAAAAUUUGAUAAAGAAAUGCGAGUAGGAUUUCGAACAGUUAGGCUUAUCCAGGACUAUGUAAAUAUCGAAAAACCCACACUAGGACGAUAUUUUUAUUUCAUGAUCAAUGAUCGACCUAUUUUCCUUAAAGGCUCAAACUGGAUUCCAGUAUCAACAUUUCCGGCUCGCAAUCAUCGUUUUAGAGAGAAAUUUUUACUUGAGUCAGCCCGUGAAUCAAAUAUGAAUGUAUUACGUGUAUGGGGUGGUGGUCGCUAUGAAAGUGAUCACUUUUACACUUUAGCCGAUGAACUGGGAUUAAUGAUAUGGCAGGAUAUGAUGUUUGCAUGUGCGUUAUAUCCGGUGGAUAAAGAAUAUUUGAAUAAUGUUCAAGAGGAAGUAAAUGCUCAGGUGGAGCGACUUCGACAUCAUCCCUCAAUUUUCGUUUGGGCCGGAAACAAUGAGAACGAAUUAGGUGUUCGCCAGUGGUUCUUCGUGGCAAAUUACUCUUUCACUGACUCAGUAUCAGACUAUAUGAAAUUAUAUAAUGAAACGAUACGACCAAUAAUUGCUCGACUGGAUGGUACCAGGCCAUAUCUGUUGUCCAGUCCAACAAAUGGAAUCGAGUCUGAAAAAGAAGGAGGUGUUGCGGAAUAUCCCGCUGAUGAGAAAUACGGUGAUAUCCACUUUUAUAAUGAAAUCGAUGAUCUGUGGAAGGAUUCGACUUAUCAAAUCCCACGGUGCUCUUCUGAAUAUGGUGUGCAGUCGUUCCCAAGAAAAGAAACGAUGUUGAAAUGGUUAAAUGAAACAGAUUGGUCCUAUACAAGUAAAGCAAUGAGGCGUAGGCAGCAUCAUCCUGGUGGAUUCUUGGCUCAGCUUUCCAUGAUUUUUUCACAUUUCAGAAUUCCAAACGAAUGUGGGAAGAUAAUUAACGGAGACUGUGUAUAUCUGAGGACGAAGAAGUUCAUGGACCGUUUCGUAUACUUGUCCCAAUUCCACCAAGCGAUUACAUAUCAAGUGCAGACGGAGCAUUAUCGAAGAUGGCGUGGACGAUUGACGAAAGAUAGUCGUGGUAAUACGAUGUGUGCUCUAUACUGGCAAUUGAAUGAUCUAUGGGCAGCACCAACUUGGUCAACAAUCGAUUUUGAACUUUCAUGGAAACCCGCUCAGUAUUUUGCUCGUCGAUUCUUUGCACCAGUUAUUCUUUCUGUAGCAGUAGACGAAAACGUCCACAUGUUCGCUAUAUCAGAUCUAAUAAAACCAAUAUCCAACGCAACAGUGGUCUUGGAAGUUUUCUGGUUUGAUGGGUUCUUUCCAGUUUACUCAUUUAAACGAGAAAUUAGUUCAAUUCCUCCGCAGUCAUCUACUGAAAUUUCUAUCGAUGAAGCCAUUUCCGACGGAAUAAGGAAGAGAAAUAACCAGUACAUUUUGCGAGGAAGGUUGUUGUCAAAUAAUGGUACUCAAAUUGGUUAUGAUACCGUUCAUUUGCCUGAUAAGCUGUUUAAGAUAGAUGAAGUGAAUUUCGGAAAAGUUUGGAUUCGAGAACUGCAGAGGAAAAAUGAUAUGUUGUAUGAGCUGAAGCUGGAAGCUGACAAACCAUCACCUUUCGUAUAUAUGGAGUUAGCUCUAGGCCUAACUGGAUGGUUUUCUGACAAUGCAUUCACGAUGACCGAACCGAAAAAGACAUUGGUGCUGUCUUUGUUCAAGACACCUGGACGUCAACUGACCCAAAGCGAUAUCACCAUUUGUUCAUUACGUGAUUGUGGCAAAGCUAACGCAUAA